AUGAAAAAGGUUCAAAAAAAAGCUUCAAAUAAAGAAUUAAAUUUACAAAAAUACAUGGAUAAAAUAUGGGGGUUUUCAGACGAUGAAAAAAUAUUAUUGAAUAAAAAAUCAAAAAAAAAAGAUAAAAUUAGUAAAAAUAUAUACACAGAUAAUAAAGAACUUAACAUUCAUAAUAAGAAAGAAACAAGUGAUUUAAAAUAUAGAAAAGAAAAUGAUAAUUUAAUUGAUAAAGUUUUAUCAAAAAAAGAUAAGAGUCAACAUUACAGUACUUAUAAAAAAAUAAAAAAAGAGAAUAAAAAAGAAAAUAAAUCUAGAGAUCAUUUAAAUGUAACUAAUAAUAUAAAUGAAAUAGUUAAUGUUUCGAAGUUAAGUAAUAUGCAAAAAAAAGGGAAUACAGAAAUAUACUCUUCAGAUCAAAAAUUAAAUAAAGAAAAUAAGGGAAUAAAAUUUGAAAAAAAAAGCCAAAACAUAUCUACUGAACAAAAGAAAAAAGAAAUAUAUAAAGAAAAAAUGGAAUUAAAAAAAAAUUUCAUGGAAACAGUACAUGAAAUUAGAAAAUUAUCAUUACCAUACUUAAAUAAAUUUCAGAGAAAAAAUGUUGAAAAUCAUCAAAUUAAAACAUUAGGAGGAAAAUUUGAUAAAAGUAGAAAAAUUCACUACCCUGAACUUAUGUGUCGUAAGAAGUCAAUAAAAAAAUAUAUAUUAAAAAGAAAAGAAAAAGAAAAAAUAUUAGGUGUUAAAAUUCAAAGCGGUAAUUUUAUUGAUAUGCAAGAUGUUUUUAGAAAAAGAAAAAAAGAAAAAAAGUUCAAAAAAAAAUUAUUUUGA